AUGGAACGAAUAAAACGACCAUUAGACGACAUUGUUUAUGAUUAUAAUGAAAAUAAGAAACAAAAAGUAGAAAAUAAAUUAAUAAUAAAUAAAUCUUAUUCUGAACAUUUACCAAAUGAAAUUAUUUAUGAUAUAUUUCAAUAUGUUGAUGUUUAUUAUGUUUACGAAGGAUUUUUUUAUCUUAAUCAACGAUUUCAAAAUUUAGUUCUUAAUAGAAAUUUUUUAAUUCAAAUAAAUAUUCCAACAAUAUCAAAAUCAAAUUUUGAUCUUUAUCAUAAAAAUAUGAUUAAACCAAAUAAAUAUCGAAUAAAUUAUAUUCGUCUAUCAAAUUCAUUUACUGUUGAUAUGAUUUUUUCACCACCACGUAUUAUUUGUUAUUAUAUUCAACUUGAAACAUUAAUUUUUGAUAAUAUUAUUGAUAUAAAAUAUCUUGAGAAUAUUUUCAAACAUUUAAGUUUUUUACCAAAAUUACAUUCAUUAGUUUUGAGUCUUAUUGAUCAUGUUCAAAAUCCAGCUCUUCUUUUUCAUCAUAUAUUUCGUUUAUCAAAAUUAAAAUAUUGUAAAAUAACCUAUAUAGCAAGAUUUGGUCAAAAACUAAUGCCAAUCGAUAUGAAUCAUAUUGUACAUAGUCCUAUCGAAUAUCUUAUUAUUAUUAAUAAUCGUUUUUCAAUUGAUUUACUUUAUCAAAUACUUCCUAGUCUUCCAAAACUUCUUUAUUUAUCAAUUGAUUGUCUUCUUGGAUUGAAUUAUUCAUAUACUAAUCAAACUCCUAUUACAUUAAAAUAUUUAAAAACAAUUUCUAUUAAUGUUGAUCAUGUAAAUUUCAAUCUAUUCCAACAAUUAUUCAAAUAUUGUUUUAGUUCUUUGGAAGUUUUACAUCUUACAACACAUGAUCCAACAUAUUUGGCUUCAAAACAAUGGGAAGAAUUAAUCUCAUCUUCAAUGUUGAAUUUACGUAUUUUUGAUAUAUAUUAUCGUAAUAUUGUACAAAGUAAGGAUUUAAUAUAUAUUCCUUUAAUUUGUCGAUUUGAUUCUUCAUUUUGGACUCAACGACAAUGGUUUUUUACACGUGCACAUUAUGAAGAAAAAUUCUCAAAUUAUGUAAUACUUUAUUCAAGAAAUCCAUAUAGAAGAAAAGAUUACAUAUUUUAUGAUGAAUUCUAUCCGUUACAUGAUUUACGUACUCAAGAAAAUAAUCUCAAUUCAGUUAAACAUGUUCAUAUAUAUGGCCGAUAUCUAUCUAAUGAUAAUGUAAAUUAUUUUCCAAAUGCUAAUGAAUUAACAAUUGAAGAAAAUUUCAAUACACUUGAUGAUUCAAUUUCAACAACUCUUAAUCGUGUUCUUCCUUUAAAACAAUUGACUAAAUUAAUUAUUAAUAUUUCUAAUUUUACUUUUGAACAAAUUAUUAAUUUAAUACGUUUUACACCUAAUUUAUAUGUAUUAAAAUUAGAUUCAUUAUCUUUUAAUGGAAUUAAUUUAGAAUUAAUUGAACAAAAUGAAAUUUUUCAAUUUGUAUCAAAUACAAAUAAAAUAAAAACUAUAGAAAUUCGUGAAUCUUUUAUAUUAGAAAAUUUUCAAAUGAUUAUUAAUGUAUUUCUACAAGUUGAAUAUCUUAAAAUUGGAAUGAAUAGAAAAGAAAUGAAUCAAAUUAUACGAUUUUUAUCUUCAAAAAUUAACAAUAAAACAUGUCGUUUAUGCUUCUUGUGUAUUUCAAAAGUACCUAAAGUAUGUUUACGAGAACUAAAUGUUUUAAUUAAAUCAGAAAACUUAUUCAAAACUUAUUCUAUUAAAUAUAUUAAUCGUGAUUUCUUCCCUCGACUGUAUUUAUGGUGGUAG